AGUAAACCUUUUCUGUUGCGGAAAAACGAGAAAAUAAGAUUUUUUGGUCAGUUGUUGUAUACAGGGUAGCACAAAAAAGUUAUGAUAAGUUAUUUACCGAAAUAAUGCUAGAAGUUUGGCCAUACAAAUUAACGGAUUCUUGUUUCUCAUACAAGAAAACCUCCCUAUGCCGAGUUUUAUGCCAAAAUCUGAAAUACAUCUCAAGCAAUGAGGAAAAAUAGAAAAUAAAUUGUAUUUUUUACACCCUGUAUCUCGCAAACUAUCGACUUUUGGACUAAGGUAUAUGUUUAAGUCACUUCACAUAUUUUGGUCUGUAGUAUCUCCAAUUUUGAGAUUUCCCAACCUUUCACAAACACCCUGUAUAUUUCAGUUAUUGAAGUAUCAUCCACUUUUACGUUCUGUCGUGCCUAGGUUUUCCGAAAUUUCUUUUGAAAGCUGUCUACAGCUGUCUACUUGAAAUAAGUAUUUUCAAAGCUAUCAAAUAGCCUUUGUUUGGGGCUGUGAUUUGAGGCUAUGUUUUGGGGGUGAUUUUCAUUCAAAGGUCUGAUGUUUAAGGGCUAUUAAGGGUUAUUUUUUCUGUACUACAAAAUGCUACCAUACCUUAACCGCGCCUUAGUGCUAUUUCGCCCGACAUUCUACGCCCCAAUCAGAGCAUUCUCCAGUGAAAAGGAGUCCUCACUAUCAGAAGGGUCAUCUUUCGAAACAGAGCCCUACAAACUGCAUAUUUUGGAGGAGGGCCCCUCCACGUCAGCGACAGUGAAUAAGGAGGAUGCAUUGAAGUUUUAUACUCAAAUGUCGUCUAUACGGAGGAUGGAAAAUGGAGCUGCGACAUUGUAUAAAGCAAAGAUCAUUAGAGGAUUUUGUCAUCUGUAUGCUGGACAAGAAGCUGUAUGCGUAGGUAUACACUCGCAGUUGAAAACAGACCUAGACUCCGUCAUAACAUCUUACCGAGCCCACGGCUGGACCUGGAUAAUGGGCGAGACGAUUGCCUCCUUGCUAGCUGAACUGGCUGGGAAGGAAAGCGGUGUCAGUCGCGGGAAAGGCGGUUCCAUGCACACGUAUGCGCCCAACUUUUACGGGGGCAACGGAAUCGUUGGGGCGCAUGUGCCCUUGGGCACGGGGUGCGCCUUUGCUCAUAAGUACACCGAGAAAGGGGCCCUCAACGUCUGUCUGUACGGUGACGGUGCAGCUAAUCAAGGUCAAGUGUACGAGGCAUGGAAUAUAGCCAAACUUUGGAAUUUGCCAGUCAUAUACGUCUGCGAAAAUAACAAGUAUGGUAUGGGAACGUCGACGCGCAGAGCUUCAGCUGAUGAUAAUUUUUAUAAACGCGUUUCGUAUAUGCCAGGGAUCUGGGUGGAUGGCAUGGAUGUCCUAGCAGUUAGAGAAUGCUUUAGGUUCGCCACCAAAUAUGUCAGGGAAGGCAAAGGCCCCAUAGUGGUGGAAACAUCAACAUACAGAUACUUCGGGCAUUCCAUGUCAGACCCGGGAACCAGCUACAGAUCCAGAGAGGAGAUACAAGAGACAAGACAAACAAAAGAUCCUAUAAACAAGUUUAAGGAUAAGAUCGUGUCUGCCAAUUUGGUUACGGAGGAUGAACUCAAGGCGAUAGAUGCGAAACUGAAGCAAGAGGUCGAUGAAGCAAUGAAUAAAGCGAAAAGUGAUAAAGAACCGGCAGUAGAUGCGCUUACGACAGAUGUAUAUUCUCAGUACCCAUGGGCGUUAAGAGGUGUGGGAGCCAGUUUGCCGUCACUCCCUCAUAAAAGAGUGGGCAAGGCGAUCAACCUCAAAUAAAAUUUAUUGUUAAACUA